AUUUAUUUAUUUUUUCCUCCGACCGCAAUUUGCAUGUAAGAAGAACUCAGAUCUCUUCUUCCACUCUCAUUCUUUCAUCUUUCUUUCACAAGUCACAAUUCCUUACAGUCACUGAUUCCACCAGUAAUCGGAGAGAACAAAGCUUUUGUACAAUCAAUGCCGCGGCCGCCCAACGAGCCCUCAUGGGACUGCAUGCUGCCGGGGCCGCCGUCCAAGAACAACGCCGGAUCCGCCGAUCUCUCCUCCGCCGGCCUCCUCGCCUACGCCGCCGGCAGCUCCGUCGCCAUCCUCGACACUCACUCAAUGCAACUCGUCUCCACCCUGCCCCUCCCCGCAUCCCCUUCCUCCGCCGCCUCCCCAUUCAUCACCGCCGUGCGGUGGUCGCCGCUCCCACUCCCCCACCACCUCCUCGACAGCGAGACUUCCUCCCCGCACCUCAUGCUCUCCGUCGGCGAUCGCCACGGCCGCAUUUCCCUGCUCGAUUUCCGCUCCAAAUCCCCCAUCCUCUUCCUGGAGACCAAUUACCCCAAUUCGUCCAAAUUAGGUAUUCAGGAUCUCUGCUGGAUUCAGACCCGAUCCGACUCUUGGUCCCUCGCCGCCAUUUCCGGACCCUCGCUUCUCUCCAUUUACAACACCGCCACCGGCCGCUGCUUCUUCAAGUACGACGCCUCGCCGGAGUACUUCUCCUGCCUCCGCCGCGAUCCCUUCGAUUCCCGCCAUUUCUGCGCCCUGGGGCUCAAGGGUUUCCUGCUGUCGGUGAAAUUAUUAGGCGACGACUCUGAAAACGACGUCGUCUUGAAGGACUUCAGAUUCGCUCCGAUCCGUUUCCCAAGCUACGUAGUCAAAUUCGCAUUCUCACCGCACUGGAAGCAUGUGGUACUAGUGGGGUUUCCAAGAGAGAUGGUGUUGUUCGACUUGCAGUACGAAUCGGUGUUGUUCGCCACAGGGUUUCCGAGGGGUUGCGGCAAGUUCUUGGAGGUUUUGCCAGACGUGAAUAUGGAGGUCUUUUACUGCGUCCAUUUGGACGGCAAGCUCAGUACAUGGCGACGUAAAGAGGAAGAGCAAUUGCAUAUUAUGUGUUCGAUGGAUGAAUUAAUGCCCUCAAUCGGCACAAGUGUUCCUUCUCCGUUAGUUCUUGCAGUCGCCAUCUCGCAGUCGGAUUACACGCUCCAAGACAUUCACAAGCUUUGUCCUGACUCGGAUUUAGACGUUAUGGAUUUCAGUAAUCCUUUUGAUUUCCUUGACGAAUCUCGUAUAAUUUCGAAAACACAUUUAAUAUCUGUUUCGGAUGAUGGGAAAGUGUGGAAGUGGCUUCUGACCGCUGAAGGGUCUAGGGAUAGUCAGAAGGAUAUCGAGAAUGCGAAAAGGGUUGCCAAAGUCGGUGAAGUUUCACUGGCUGAAAUUGAAUCCCGAUCAGAAGGUUUUUCCGCUGCUGAAGUCACACAUGUAAAUGAUUCAGAUAGCAGAGAGAAGCGCAAAUCUGGUCCCACUGUUGUUGCAGAUGAAGUUUCAUUUAAGAUGAAUCUAGUCGGGCAGCUUCAUCUUCUCUCAUCAGCUGUGACUAUGCUAGCUGUACCCUCCCCUUCAUUGACAGCUACUUCGGCACGUGGGGGAAACUCCCCUGCUGUAGCUGUUCCACUGGUUGCUUUAGGAACGCAAAGCGGCACCAUUGAUGUGAUUGACAUCUCUGCCAAUGCUGUUGCUGCAAGUUUUUCUGUCCAUAACAGUGUAAUCAGGGGCUUACCUUGGUUAGGAAAUUCAAGACUGGUUUCGUUUUCCUAUACGCCGGGAACAGAGAAAACAGGAGGAUAUAUCAACAAGCUUGUUGUAACAUGUCUAAGAAGUGGUCUUCAUCGAACAUUUCGAGUAAUGCAGAAGCCAGAGCGAGCACCGAUAAGAGCAUUAAGGUCUUCAUCUUCUGGAAGAUAUCUUUUGAUCUUGUUCCGGGAUGCACCUGUAGAAGUUUGGGCGAUGACAAAGACUCCAAUAAUGCUGAGGUCGUUAGCUCUCCCGUUUACCGUUCUUGAAUGGACUCUUCCAACAGUUCCAAGGCCGGCCCAAAAUAAACCUUCGAGGACCUCUUCGUUUUUAUCCAAAGACCGUGGUGGCAUCCCUCCAGCUUCUUCCCCUACUAAAGCAUCUUCAACAGAUGCAAAGGAAGGAGCAGAUGGAUCUAAAGAUGAAUUUUCGGAAAGCUUUGCAUUUGCUUUGGUGAAUGGCGCACUUGGAGUUUUCGAGGUCCAUGGACGAAGAAUCCGAGACUUUAGACCAAAGUGGCCAUCAUCUUCAUUUGUUUCCUCCGAUGGAUUGAUUACAGCUAUGGCGUACCGCUUGCCUCAUGUAGUCAUGGGCGAUAGGUCAGGAAACAUACGGUGGUGGGAUGUGACAACUGGCCAAUCAUCUUCAUUCAACACUCACAGGGAAGGUAUUCGGCGAAUCAAGUUCUCCCCAGUUGUUCCUGGAGAUAAUAGCCGUGGACGAAUCGCUGUUCUGUUUUAUGACAACACAUUUUCCGUCUUUGAUCUGGAUUCACCCGAUCCAUUGGCUAAUUCCCUUUUACAACCGCAAUUUCCUGGAACUCUAGUACUCGAACUCGACUGGCUACCUUUGCGGAUAAAUAAAGACGACCCGCUGCUAUUGUGUAUUGCAGGAGCCGAUAGUAGUUUCCGUCUCGUUGAACUAAAUGUGUACGUCUCGUAAUUCCUUGACGUUCUCUAUAUAUUCCAUAUUUCAUGUUUUUACUUGCUUCAUCCACGUUAUGGUUUACAGAUGGGUGUGAACCCGUCGUGGUUCGAGGCAUUCAGUACAGCCAUGAACGAGGCGCAUAUUCCAGGAACACCGUCAGCUGGAGACCUUCGCGGUUAUAUGAUUGAUUCGCCACGUGUUGGUGACUCAGCUGUACCCGAGAUGCUUCUCAAAGUACUAGAGCCUUAUCGUAAAGAAGGCGGCCUCCUCGAUGAAGACAGAGUAAGGCUGUACGCUAAAAUUGUUAAAAAAGGGUCCACUUUGAGGUUGGCAUUUGCAGCAGCCAUUUUUGGCGAAUCCAUGGAAGCGCUUUUCUGGCUGCAGUUACCUCGUGCUCUCAACCACUUGAUGAAUAAAUUGGUUAACAAAUCGGCACAAAAGGGCCCACGUACAGCUCAUGCUCCUGAAAUUGACGAGGCGUCCAUGUUAAGCAGGAUAUCUUCAAAAGGAAAAUCAGUCCCUGGAGAAAAAAGUAUUUUGGGAAAUGGUCAACUUAAACUGAUGGCUUUUGAGCAGCAAGAAUUGUGGGAGCGUGCUAACGAACGUAUCUCGUGGCAUGAAAAAUUGGAGGGUGAAGAGUCGAUUCAGAACCGUGUACACGAGCUUGUGUCGGUUGGAAACUUGGAAGCUGCUGUUAGUUUGCUGCUUUCGACUUCUCCAGAGAGCUCUUACUUUUACGCAAAUGCUCUACGAGCCGUCGCUCUUUCUUCUGCCGUUUCUUCGUCUCUACUCGAACUCGCUGUGAAGGUAGUUGCAGCCAAUAUGGUCAGAAAUGAUCGGUCGAUGUCCGGGACCCACCUGCUUUGUGCAGUAGGGAGAUAUCAAGAAGCUUGUUCUCAGUUGCAGGAUGCUGGAUGUUGGACCGAUGCCGCCACAUUAGCUGCAACACAUUUAAAAGGAUCUGAUUAUGCAAGGGUGUUGCAGCGAUGGGCUGAGCAUGUUCUUCACGCGGAACAUAAUAUCUGGAGGGCGUUGAUCUUAUACGUGGCAGCUGGCGCGUUACAAGAAGCACUAGCGGCACUUCGCCAAGCACAGCUGGCAGACACUGCGGCCAUGUUCUUACUCGUUUGCCAUGAAACCCAUUCUGAAUUUUUAUCCCGUUUAGAUUCCGACGAAGAGGCAACAUCUUCUUUCAAGGAUAAGGUUCCACAUUUGCCUGGACUGAACCCUGUUGACGAAGACGUUGUCGCAGUCGGUGAAUACUUCGGACAGUACCAAAGGAAACUAGUACAUUUGUGCAUGGACUCUCAGCCUUACACCGAUUAAAAUACUUAUGGCGUCGCUUCUAUUUUUUUCUCUGUGCGCGCGCAUCUGGCAAUUAAAUCGGACUUUCUCGAAGAGAUAUAAGCUGCUUCUGUUAUAUCA